UCAGCUCAGGAGGAAGAUGAAAGAUAGUGUUGCUGAAGAGUGUUUAUAUUUGGCUUUUUCUCAUCAGUGCAGAGAUUGUAUCUUUCCUCUUCAUACGUCUAUUUCACUGUUUUUGCUAUCCUACUGUGACUGCAAAUUAUUCAAAGUUUUCCUAGUGCCAACUGGUGAAGAUGUGGGUGAUCAGUUUGUGACAAAACUGGUUGGCGAUCUCGAGGUCCAUCUAAUCUCCAGGCGUCAACUUCCCGCGGUUGUGCAGAGCUGCUGUUUACCUGCUCUUGUCAUGAGAGAUGGCAGGUUCUGCCGAGCUGGCCUUUCUGUUGUCUUAAGGCAUAUAAUACAAAAAACAUACGAGGCAGAUCCAUCUAAAAAGGAUGUUUUGGAACUCUUGGGCUUUAAGAAGACCUGCUUAAAAGCUUGUGCUGAAGUUAGCCAGUGGACCAGGCUCUGCGAGAUCAGCAUUCCGCUGGCUGUUGAAGGAGUUUUGACGGGGUCUCCUGAGCACUGUCAGACUAUUCCUCCUGACAUUUUACUGCUUGAAAGGAAGCUUGGAGAACCUGUCCGAGUACAUAAUGAUGACAAAAUUCGAAGGCAGAAACUUCAACUACAGAAGGCAGGUGCCAAGGCUGCAGUACCUGUACUUGGCAGCGGAGCAAGAGAGGAAGGAAAAACAGUGGAAAUGCAUGAACGUGCACUCCCAAGUUUGGAACUGAGCUUAGCUUUCUCCAAGCUCCUUGUUCAGGACCUAUCAGAUGCAGCCAACAGGGAGGCCCCUCACAUCAGGAGAACAAAAACCUCUGAUCUUCCACUUUUGGACCACGUUUUUGCAGAAGGUCUUUAUUUUACCUUGGCAGAUAUUGUGCUUUUGCCAUGCAUCCAUCAAUUCCUGGUCAUUCCAUGUGUCAAAAAACAAGGCAAAAGUCUGGUAAAUUUGCCUCUGAUAUCCAGUUGGUAUCGAAGAGUUCAAGAAGUACCUGGGGUAAAGAAGGCUGCUGGGAAAUGCAAUAUGGAGCUUCUCCAGCUUCCAGAGUUGAUGUCUGCUCCAGAGGAACAGCUGCAAGGUUUCUCAUCAGUUCCUGAAGAAUCAGAAGAGGAGAAUGAAGACAGUCAUUUUAUAGGUGGUCCGAGGCCAACUAUGACUAAGUUAAUGGAAAAUGGUAUUGAAGCAAAGUUUUCUCCCCAUCCAUGCCCCAGCUGGACCCUAGACUGGGCCAAUCUGCCUUCUGCAGUCAGUCCUGGAGAAGGAAAGAUGUCUAGGGACCGGGCUCUGAGGAAGCAGCAGCAAUUGAAUAAUUUGGUAGCAGCAGUGACAAAGCUUGCAAAGCCUGGAGAUGUGAUUGUGGACUUUUGCAGUGGAGGGGGCCAUGUUGGAAUUGUUCUUGCUCACAUGCUGCCAUCAUGUCAGGUUGUGCUUAUAGAAAAUAAGGAGUUGUCUCUCAUCCGUGCUAAAGACAGAAGUGAUGAACUGGGUUUAAGCAAUAUUUGGUUUAUUCAAGCGAAUUUGGACUAUUUUAAUGGGACUUUUAACAUUGGGGUGGCUCUGCAUGCAUGUGGUGUGGCCACGGACAUGGUCAUGGAACACUGCGUCAAGGCCCGGGCAGCCUUUGUCAUCUCCCCUUGUUGUUACGGCUUCAUUCAAAACACAGUGAAGUUUAAAUAUCCACGCAGUCAUCAAUUCAAAGAAAUUUUGUCCUACAAGGAGCACAUGAUCCUCUGCAGAUUUGCAGACCAGACAGCUGUUCAGCUUCCACCUGAACGCAGGCUAAUUGGAAAGCAGUGUAUGGGGCUUGUGGAUUUGGAUCGGGCCUGGGCUGCAGAAGAACGUAACUACUCUGUCCAAGUUAUAUCUAUGGAGCCAGAGAGUUGUUCUCCAAAGAACGAUAUGAUUGUGGGCAUCCCUACUUAG